AUGGAUUAUGAAGGAUUGGAGAAGGGGAUUGAAGAAUUGAAAGUGGAGGAAGAGAAGGGUGAUGUACAUGUCCAAGAACGGGCACAGGGUCAAUUGCAAAUUACUACCUUUUCUGAACUUGUCAAUGAUGUUUGCCUCCAUUUUCAGAUCAUGCGCUUUCCCAAACAGAUAUAUGUGUGGAUCGGUUACAACUCUGCAAAAUUGGGACACAUGUAUGCAGCAGCUCCCACUCGUCCUAGCAAUUCGGUAUCUGUCACUUCCAUACUUGGAGGGGUUUCUGAUAACACAGGGUCCGGCAUUGCUCAUCGAUUAGUGUUAAAGACUGGUCUCAACAUAAUUUUGGCUUGCAGUAUUCCAAAAAAUAGCCCCAUUCUUGAGACAGAAGCUGAGAAAAUAUUGAUUCAGAAACUCAUUAGUCUGGGCUACACCAAGUCUAGAUUGGGAGGAACAUCCUUGUAG